UCCAGUACACAUGUACAACGCACAAAUCUUAACAAUCCACACGUGUCCUCUUGAACAGUGUUAAAGUGUUAACGUGCGCUAUUAAUUAAUUUGGUGUUAACACAUAUGACAUUAGAUUCGUUAAUAAAUAACGAUACAUCAGUGAAAAUGUUUAGUAUGGAACAUCAUGGCCAUGGCCAUAAUCAGUUCUUCUUUGAUCCACAAAAUUUUGUAUCAAAUAAUCAUCAUUUAACAAAUCAUCGUAGCUCACCUGGUAUGCUAAUGAAUUCGGUGAAUAAUAAUAAUAAUAAUAAUGGCGGAGGGACUCAUUCUUCUGCUGUGGUAACGUCUUCAUCGUGUUUUGGAACAAAUAGUGUAACAUCCACAAGUUUAAAUGACUGUAGUAGUGGUUCCACAAAUUCUAGUGAUAUGUUCUUUUAUGAUGAUAGUUGUACCAGCGAUACUGGAUCGAAUUAUUCGUAUGGAAGUGAUCAAGAAAAUUCGUGUACAAAUUCAACAAAAGAACGCCUACGCCAUCAUAAACGCCGACGUCGUAAUAAAUGUCCCCAACAGCAAAUUCAACAACGUCAAGCUGCUAACUUGCGUGAACGUAAACGUAUGCAAAGUAUUAAUGACGCAUUCGAAGGUUUACGUGCCCACAUUCCAACAUUACCAUAUGAAAAACGUUUAUCAAAAGUGGAUACGUUAAAAUUAGCUAUUGGUUAUAUCAAUUUUUUAAGUGAAUUAGUUAGAGCGGAUCGAAAUAAUAGUAAUGGUGGGGAUGGCACCACUAAUGGGGGUACUGUACGACAACCAUUAAAAGAAGAGCCUAAAAAAGUUAUUGUUAGAGGAAUUGGUGCUGGACAUUAUACAGCCCAUUCAUUGUCUUGGUCCCGUACCAAAGAUGUAAAUGCUAAUGGUAUUAUGUAUGCAAAAGUUUGGACACCAGAAGAUCCACGAGCUAAUAAACAUUUACAACAAUCCACAACAGUCCAAGUAACAAUUUUACCAAAUUUGUCCCCAAAUUAAUUGUAAACUAAGUGAUAUAAUCUUAUUUAUAAAAUCUACUAUUCAGAAGGUACUAAACGGCUAAAAUCAUUUUGUUUCAUUCUUUCGAUAGGUAUAAUUUAAAAGGGAGUUUAUAUAACUUACAUCUCAGCAAAGCGUAUCUGGAUUAUUGGGAUUUUACGCAGGGCGUACAACUAGUCAAGCUUUGCAUAGCCACAGCUAGACCAUUUGGCAAUGCUUGGUUGAAGCUCACUGGAACAAAGUUGAGAAGGGUGGUGGGAAUCUGGGCAGGACACUGUAAAAAAAAACUGCAGGGUGUCAGGUAUAUAAUGUUUGAGUCCGAAACCUUGGAUUCAUCAAUCCUGGGAGCAAUUCCGACGGAAAAUCUGUGUGAAUUUUUCUAUAGCUUCAUCUACUUUAAAUAGCACUCCUUACUUGAAGACGCUUCGCCUCCGGAUGACAGGAUGUUUUCAGGGAGGGCACACAGGACCUCUUGGUUAAGAUCAGUGUUUCUCAAAUUUGGCGAUAACGCUCCCCUUAUGGACGCAAGAGGCUUACAGGGGGGCGGAAUGACUAAUUUGUUUGGACAAAUGUAAUAAGAUAAGAAUGAUAUAACACUCUUUGAUGGGGCUGAAAAAUAAUUGAUUCUGGAAGUGAGCGGUAGACAAAAUAAAUUUGAGAACCUCUGGUUUAGAUGUUGUAUACCCAUUUGCAGUACCACUUUCAUCUGUAUUUUUAUUACAUUUCAGCAGCAUGUAAGGUUUUUCGUACAUAAUACUAAGCUAACCAAUUUUCACAUCGAAAAAGUAAAAAGUCAACGAAUCUUUAUUAUCCAAUUUUAUUAAUAUUGAAACUGUCCGCCAGUUUUAAAAGUAACAAAUUAAAAAUGACAAGUAAAGCAAUCAAAGAAAAG